AUGAAGUUGUUGUGGACAUUUAUUUUAAUAAUCGCUACUGCAGAAGCAGUAAAAGAUUAUUUGUUCAAAACAUGUGCUCAAUCUGGGUUUUGCCAUAGAAAUAGACAUUAUGCUAAAGCAGUUCUACUGGCUGAAAACUUUGAAUCUCCUUACAGAAUUGAAUCAGUUACUGUGGAUAAUGGAAUCGUCAAUGGUGUGGCUAUAAAAGAAUUGACUCAAUUGGGAAGAAAUGUGAAUUUACCAUUUGAAAUCACUAUUGUGGAGGAUAAUUUUCGAUUUAAAUUGAAUGAAGAAAGAGUUGGCGUUCAAUUAAAUCAUAUCAACCCAAAUCGAUAUAAUGAAACAGAGAAAUGGUCAUUUAAACCUAAUGUUACUAUUAACACUAAUGUGGAUAUUUCUGAAAAACAAAAUGAAUUGAAGAUUUCAUAUGGGAAACACGAAGUCAUUAUUCAAUACAAUCCAAUUGUAUUUGUUUUCAACUACAAAGGUAAAGAGCAAUUGAGAAUCAAUGCCGACCAAUUCCUCAAUGUCGAGCAUUAUAGAACGCAACAGGAGAACGAGUUGCAUAUGUUGGCACAAGAAUCAUCAUUUGAUAUGUUUUCUGAUUCAUUCCCAGAUUCCAAAAUGGACACCCUUCCCUUGGGUCCAGAGUCGGUUGCUGUUGAUUUCAAGUUGAUGGGAUUCUCGCACAUGUAUGGUAUACCAGAGCAUUCUGAUUCAUUAUUAUUGAAAGAUACCACUGACAAGGAGCCUUAUCGGUUAUUCAACGUUGAUAUUUUUGAGUACGAGAUUGACUCCAGGCUCCCAAUGUACGGAUCCAUUCCCUUGUUGGUUGCCAUUAAACCAGAGGCAUCUGUUGGUAUAUUCUGGGUUAAUGCUGCCGAUACAUAUAUUGAUAUCAAACGAGACAAAGAUUCUACCGUCCAUUGGAUUUCAGAAAAUGGAGUAUUGGAUUUUAUUGUCAUAAUUGAAGAUACCCCAGUGGAAGUGACCCAGCAAUUCGGAAGAGUCACUGGAUUUGUCCAGUUGCCGCCAUUAUUCUCGUUGGGAUACCAUCAAUGCAGAUGGAAUUAUAAUGAUGAAAAAGAUGUGUUGGAUGUCCAUGCCAAGUUUGAUGAGCAUCAUAUUCCAUACGACACAAUUUGGUUAGAUAUUGAGUACACAGAUAGCAAGAAAUAUUUUACUUGGGAUAAAGAAAAGUUCCCCGAUCCAGCACGGAUGUGUCGCAUCUUGGACUACACCGCCAGACACUUGACAGUUAUUAUCGAUCCCCACUUCAAAACGGAGUAUAAUGUUACCGAAGAUAUGGUAGCUAAGGAUUUAGAAAUGAAAUCUUCCAAAGGUGAACCCUUUAAAGGUCAUUGUUGGCCAGGAGAAUCUGUCUGGUUGGAUCCAUUCAAUCCGGAAUCACAAGAUUGGUGGACCCAAAGAUACAAAGAUUUCUUACCUAAGGAUGCCAAGAAUAUCCAUAUUUGGAAUGAUAUGAAUGAGCCAUCGGUGUUCAAUGGUCCAGAAACCAGUUCCCCAAAAGAUACAAUUCAUUUUGGUGGUUGGGAACAUCGAAGCGUUCAUAAUAUUUACGGAUUGAAUUUUCAUGAACGUAGUUAUAAUGCUCUUAUUGAAAGAACCCCUGAAGAACGUCCAUUCGUCUUGACUAGAUCACUUUUUGCUGGUUCUCAACGAACUGCUGCUUCAUGGAGUGGUGAUAUUCAAGCUACAUGGGAGCAUUUGAAAGCAACAGUUCCGAUGAUGUUGAGUAUGAAUAUUGUGGGAGCAGGUUUUACAGGAGCUGAUGUUGGAGGGUUUUUCGGAGACCCACUGCCUGAAUUGUUGCUUCGAUGGUAUCAGGUGGGGAUUUGGUAUCCAUUUUUUAGGGGCCAUGCUCAUAUUGAUACUAAAAGACGUGAGCCGUGGUUAGUUGCCGAUGUUGCCGAAGGUAUUGCCGAUGCUAUCAGAUUGAGAUACAAGUUACUUCCUAUUUGGUAUACAGCAUUCUACGAGGCAUCACUGAAUGGUAUACCAAUUGUAAGUCCAAUUUUCUGGAGCGAUGGGAAAGAUAUUACUACUUAUGAAACUGAAGAUCAAUUUACAAUUGGUGAUUCUGGUUUACUAGUUAAACCACUUGCUUCAGAUGAUGGACUGAAAUUACCGUCCUCAGAAGUGUAUUAUAACUUUACCGGUGGGGCUUUAUCUGGUAUCGUUAAUGGGUUUGGACACGGUGUUGAUGUCUUACUCAGAGGUGGUUCCAUUGUACCAGUUUGGGGUCGUCAAAGGAGAUCAACUUCUGGUUCUGUGAAUGAUCCUUAUACCAUAUACAUAGGGUUGAAUGGAGAUGGUAUCGCUACCGGUAAGUUAUACCGUGAUGACACUGGUUUGAUUAGUUUUAAAGUUGAGAAUGACGUCCUUUCUGCCACUCCUAGUGUUCCAAAAAUAGAAAAAAUUGUGGUUAUCAAUUCAUCUGGUCAAAAGAUCCAAAUCAAAAAGCCAAGGUUUGAGUCCCUGAAAUUGGAAUUCCAUUUCCCAGAGAAUGAUAUCGAACAUGAUGAGUUGUAG